AGUGGUGUUGUCAAGUGGCGAACGGUUUAUCGAUGACGAACAGCGUAUGAUGGGAGAGGAAGCGCACGAAGCUCGCAGCCAGCACGCAUAGACAGGCGGAAUCGCGAUGAAUUCGGCGCGGAUCAAUUAGUACCGAUCGGGCGAACCUCGCCGUGCGAAUCGAGGGAAUCGAAGCAGCGCGUCAUGCGGUACGCGCCGCGUGUCCUCGUGUGAAUCCGAGUGCGUAAAGGAGCAAGCACAGUGCACAAAAUGGCUUCGGGUGAUAACAUUGAGAGCAUCGAAGUGGACGACUCGUCUUUAGCGGCGAACAACGCCAAGGAGUUCGCGUUCGGCGCCGAGAACAGCUCAGACAUCGAAGAUAAUCGACUGCAAGGCAAUGCAAAACUGGGAAACGAUGGCUCGCAGUAUGCGCCGAAAACACCGCUGCCCCGCACCAAGGCGGAACGCGAACGCGACAGGGAGCGAAAAAUUGGUCAUCGGCGUGUCGGCGUCGGCGGCGAAAUCACCUACAAGAAGAUCCAGUCGACGCAGAUUAUGGGUUCCAUUCAACUCGGAAUUCAACAUGCCGUCGGCGGUCUAGCGUCGAAGCCGGAGCGUGAUCUGUUGAUGCAGGACUUUAUGACGGUGGAGACCACGAACUUCCCGCAGGACGGCUCAAAUCACACGCCCGCUCAUCAUUAUUCCGAGUUUAAGUUUAAGAAUUACGCUCCGAUUGCAUUUAGAUACUUUCGUGAUUUGUUUGGUAUCCAACCGGAUGAUUUUUUGAUGUCCAUGUGUAGUUCUCCGCUAAGGGAGUUAUCGAAUCCAGGUGCUAGCGGUUCCAUUUUCUAUUUAACAGACGAUGACGAGUUCAUUGUGAAGACAGUACAACACAAAGAAGGAGAGUUUUUACAAAAAUUAUUAGCUGGUUAUUAUAUGAAUUUGAAUCAGAAUCCUAGGACAUUGUUGCCAAAGUUUUUUGGAUUAUAUUGUUAUCAAUGUAAUAGUAAAAACGUUCGGUUAGUCGUGAUGAACAACCUAUUGCCCAGCUUCGUGACGCUGCACAUGAAGUACGAUCUGAAAGGCAGCACUUACAAGCGUAAGGCGUCGAAGGCGGAACGCCAGAAGCGCUCGCCGACGUACAAAGACUUGGAUUUCAUGGAACACCAUCCGGAGGGUAUUUUAAUGGAGGCAGACACUUAUUCUGCGCUCGUCAAGACGAUACAACGCGAUUGCCGCGUGCUGGAAAGCUUCAAAAUCAUGGACUACAGUCUUUUAGUUGGUGUUCAUAAUUUAGAUCAAGCUCAACGCGAGAAAGCUAGUAAAAAAUCGCAUGAAAAUUUGGAGGAAGUGCCGGAAGAAGACGGUGAAGGUGACGCCAAUGUGUCGAUGCUGAACAACGAGCGAGAUCGCGAGCGGGAGGAUCGAAUCGGGGCGGCGGCAUUGUUGAAUCGCAGCCGCUCGAUCAACAGGCAGCGGCUGGUCGCGCACUCGACCGCAAUGGAGAGUAUUCAGGCCGAGUCAGAACCCAUCGACGAGGAAGAUGACGUGCCUCCCGGUGGAAUUCCAGCGCGGAAUGCGCAAGGCGAACGCCUCCUGCUCUACAUCGGUAUCAUCGACAUUCUCCAGAGCUACAGAUUGAGGAAAAAACUGGAGCACUCGUGGAAGUCGCUCAUUCACGACGGGGAUACUGUGUCGGUGCAUCGGCCCAGCUUCUACGCCAAUCGCUUUCAGAAUUUCAUGGCCGAGAAGGUCUUUAAGAAGAUUCCAUCACUGGAUUUGCCCGAAGUUAAAGGCAACCAUCGUAAAUUCCGCACAUUGGUUACGAGCUAUAUAGCUCUAAAACAUUCACCGUCGAAAAGGAAAUCAUUGUCUAGACCUUUACGCGGCGCGCACGAUGAGCUGGAUAACAAUACUUCCACGCAAGUAAUCUCUAGUCAACAGAAUGGAAGCAAAACUGCGAGCCCGACCGAGACUCUUCCACUGAAAGCCUCCCCACCGGCCACACAAACCCCAACCUCGACAGCUCCUUUAACCUCGCCGCCGGCGGCCUACCCGGCCGUGCUGGUCGGGCGGCCGACGGCGGAGAACAAACCGAAAAUACCUCCGCCGGUACCGCCGCGCGGCACGCCGAAAAAUAAGCGCGGCGGCGGCCUGGGUGGCGGCAAAGGUUCAAUUAUUUAUUGGGAGGUGCCCGAAAGAUUUCGCAGUGUAGUGCCAAGUUGCUGCAGUACGCCACCGCCGACCUUCGACGAGGUGCUGGAGCAGAGGGCGGCCGCCGGCGUUACCGGCAGUGCUCAUGAUGGUAUGUGCCCGACGCCGCCUCCAAGCCGGGCGCGUGUUGCCACGCACACCUCGCACGUCACGGUGAGGAAUUAUCGAGAGGAUGCUGUGAGUAUAACUGAUAUUAGAUUGGAAUCGCGCGCAGAGAAUAAGUCAUCGUUGAGCGUCGAAUCGGGCAGUUCGGGUGCUGGUCAUUCGAGUCACUCCAGAGGCUUGGCCUGGACUCCACCUGCCUCUGUUGAAGGAUCGACACCUACGUGGACGGAAGGCACACCUUCGUUUACGGAGUCGUCGAGUAGCGGUGAUAUGGGAUGUCCGUCGACGCCGUUACGCCAAGGGUCAACCACGUCGACGCACAGCAAAAAAACCGUCGAACACGCUAUCAACUGCCUGACGACGGAAAUGGUGAGUGUUCUAUCUAAGCAAAACACACCCUCCAACAGUACUCGAUACUAUAGGCGACGCGUACAGAAACAGUCGUGAUUUUAACGAAACGAAUGCAAAUUGGCGUGUGAACGUUAGGAUUCAUUUGGUUUUUGCACCGUUCUGAUCGUCUGUGUACACAGUACGACCACACUCGAAUGACUAACAUUGAUUUUUUACUUAUAAAUUAACCAGCACACGUUGUAUUGAGUUCAUUUUCAUGUUGGGUUGCGUCCAUCACUUUGCACACGACUUUUAUUAACAGCAAUUUUUAAUACCUUAAUAUUUCCUCCAUUAAGAAAAGAAAGAUGAGUUUCAUUGGUGAAAGUUUGAAGGAAUUAUGAGAUUACUAAGUAACAAAUACUAAUUUUGAUGAAUAUUUAUCGAGACUAUUGGUAGGAAUAGUUUCUGAGAGUUUCUUCAAAGUUUUAUCACUUUUACACGCCAGGACGAAUUAAUCAAUUAACAAUGGAUUCUACAUUUGAAUGCUGUGUACACUGACGUUUUGUUAUAUUCUUGCUUCAUGCUUGCGCUCUCAUCCAACGGGGAAUUUAGGAACAGCUGAAGAAACGCGUUGAGAAAGACUACCAUUAAUUUGGAUGCUGUGCGAUUCGCACUUGCAUCGGAGAGCAUUUUAGUUGCAUGCGGCUUAUUGACGAUGAUCAAAAUAAAAGAAAUCUUCAAAAACGUAACAUUUUAACAAUGAUUAACGUGACUAACUGCAAUGCGGAAGGUCGAGCAAAACGUUUAACAAGUGUUUUCAUUAAACAUAACAACAUCAGGUCUUAAUUUUUUCACAAAAUACGAUUUUUAUUAAGAUGUUAAACAAAUUUACCAUUCCGAAUAUUAAUUUUAACAAUCCAAUUAACCAGUUAAAAUUAUAGAUUAUUUUAAUUUAUAUUUAUUUAUAUGUUUGUGUUGUUUUUAAGCUUAAUUAUUCGAGACAGUUUGUUCGCUAUUGUUGACGCAGAUAAAUAAUAAUUAAUGAAGCAUGUCGUGUUUUUAUCUUUGUUUUAUGGCUCAUAAAGCAAUAAGAUUUUUGAAUAAUUGACUAAUCGGUCGUUUCUUUUAUUUUCCACGCCGGAAAUAACUCGAUUUAUUUCUUUCAGACUACGGAAAGAUUUUACUACAUCGACUGGUGAAAUUUAUCAAACGAAUGCAAUAACGAACAAGCUGUCAUCCUGCGUAUAAUGACAAUAUAAUCAUUCCGAUAUAUAAUUUUACGAUAAUUGCGAUAAGUAGGUAAUUUAUUUAUGCGAGCAUACUAUCGUUUUACUGUACGUCGCAAAACUAUCAAAAGAGAUAUGCAAUUAGAAUAAUUCAAUUACAGUGUAAAUAAAUAAUGGUUGAUUAUAGUAGAUUCAGAUUUUGCAGUUAAAUGAAACAUGUACGAAAUUGUUCAAAGAAAACUAAUCACGUGUAAAUUUGCGAAUCGUUGAGAUUAUACUAUACUAGUAAAGAAAUUGUCAAUAUGUGUAUAAUAAUGUCGAGAACAUAUGCUUAAUGUUGUUGCUGUUUGAAAUAAAUUUGUAUGAUGCGUAAAUAUUGUGGCACGCCGAAAUCGCAACGAGAUUGGGAGAGUUUUCCGGGGCCUAAUUUGUUCACAGCCAAGUGAAAUGUGCGCCGACUUUAUUAUUAUCCACACCAUGUUCUUCAUCCAGUAGUUUUGUUUGAUUGCUCAAAACUCUUCCCUCGUUGCCACCGCUUGAAGUAAACUGUGUAAAAUUCUAAUAUACUCAUCAGAAUAUCUUGGACAAGUAAUUUCCAAACGAAGUUCAAUCGAAUAUUGUCUGUACAAAAACAAGUCUAGCUUAUAAACAAAAAAAUGUAAUUAUAUUCGCUAUAGUUAGUACAUUUGUAAACAGUAUUAGCUAGCGCAAACUAAUUGUAAAUGUUAAACGCAUUAUUGUAAAUUAUUGUAUAUGUAUAGUUCACACUUUCACACAUUGAAGUAGUGCCACUUUUUCUAUUUGAUGCGAGAGGAAAAAUCAUGUGCCGGAAAGAAUUGAUUUGACAUGCAAUGUCAGAAGAGUUGCAAGGUUUUUAGUUUUGAGCAUACACUCGUUUCUUGAAUCGAUAGCAUAAAUCAUGAGCAAGUAACAAUGCAAGAAAAUUAUGCAAUAUUAUUGACUGAUUGAUGAUUAUAUCAUAAUUGUUAUAUUAUUCGAAUAAACUAAUAAUAACACGAUAUCAAUUUUAUAUUUGUGAUUGAAUUUAGGAGAAUACUAUACGUAAAAUGUGCACACUGUACUUAUUAACGAAUUGUUAAGUUGCAUCAAUGGAAAGUAGUUUAAGUUUUUGAUUUGUAUCGUAAUUAUUAUAUAAAUUAUAUAAAAAAAUGGCAAGGAAUUGGAUUUGCUCAGGUUGUUAGAAGGCAUAUUUUGCACAUACAAUAAUAUGAAUUUUCAUGGACUUCUUACAACAUUGUGAUGUUAGACACUUCCGAAUUCUGGUAUGAUUUUCGUUUACAGUGGAUAUUCUCUGACCUGUUAUAUCAUAAGUAAACUUGCUCUAAAUGUGCUUUUGAAGAUUGAUUAAACUCUGUGCAGUUGCUAUCUAAUAUGUUUAAACAAUUUGUGGUUGAUGGAAUUUUGAAUUCUGAAAUCAAAAUCACAUGUUACGAUGUUGAGCAGCAGUUGCGUAUGGUCAUAGGAAAUACAAAAUAUUUCAACACGUA